AUGGACGACGGACAGUGGCAGAGCGAUGGCCCAGUGAGGCGGGCAGGACUAACCGACUCCGACCUCCUAAAUGACUCAGAGUCCAGCCGCAGCCCUGACGAGAACCAGAACCGACUGGUGGAGGAAGCAGAGGAGGUGGAACAGGGGCCCCGUGGUGGACAGAAGCCCCUCAGACAGGAUCAUACUAAUAACAAUAGUGAUGAUGAAGAUUACGACAGCUCCAAGGUGGAGGACGAGGAAGAAGAGGAGGAGGAGGAAGAGGUGGACAGUAACAGUGGCGCAUACUCUCCAGAGCUGGAUGGACACAUCCGAGACUCCCCGACACCCAGUCCCAGUCCUACAGUGUCAGAGGGUCUUGUCAGCCCUGAAGGACCUCCUCAGGGCGAUGCUGGUUCCCCCCAGGGCUUCGGACGCCCCCUGUCGGCAUCUCUCCAGGAGCUGGGGGAGCAGGGAGACCACCCUCUUCUGCCACACUGCCUCCAUCAGGCUGUGAACGAGCAUUUUCCAGAUGAGAGAGCAGUCAGGUUCAUCCAGUUAGAGAGACUCUAUCAUGAACGUCUCCUGUCCAACCUCUCCGCUCUACAGCAACUGUGGGAGAGGAGAUGGAGUUCGGUUGGCCGGUGUCAGGAAAGGCGAGAAGGCGGAGACGGUGACCUGGAGGCUGAACACCUGGAGAAACUGAGACACAUCUGCAGAACGCACAGGCAACCUGCGCGGAGUAUUGAGAAGUGUGAGGUGUCCAAAGUGCAAAGAAACAGUGUGAUCAGAGAAACACUGGGAGGAGAGCAAAACCUGACCACGCAAGUGCUUUCAUGCAGCUCAGGGAAGGCUAUGGAGGAUCAGAGUACAUAUGAGGUACAACAGGAAGUCAUCCAUCCUGAAGACCGUAGCACUGCCCCACAAUCCCACCAGAGCGAACAUCAGCAUGACCCCUCCCCCUCCUCGGACACACACUCUUCCUCCUCCUCAGCCGGGACGCACGGCUCCUCCUCUCCAGCCUGUGAGGAUUCAGGAGCAGAGGAAGAGAGCAUAAGUGUGGCAGCUUCCCACAGGGAUGCCUCACCAGUGCCUGAGUCUCCAAUGGACGCUGCUCAACCAGGCAACGUGGAGCUUCAGACUGACACGAUCGGCCCCGGAGUGGUGAUGGAGGGGACGGGGGACACUGUGGAUACGGGGCAAGAUGUGCCACACGCAGGGGAGAUAGAAGAGGCUCUAAAGGUGGAGGAAGGAGGUGAAGAUCAGGAACCUCAGGAACAGGAUAUUCCUGAAAAUACACCAGAGUUGGAGCUAGAGGAGAAUGGGAAUGGGGUGGAGUUGUUGGAUAUUAUUAAUGUGUCUAUGCUGGAUGACAUGGCCAAGCGCAUACAGGUGGAAGAGAUCGCUCCAGCUGCUGGUCUUGUGUCGAUCUUAAAGAGAAGAGUGUCUCUGGAAGGAGCCAACAGCUCUACCCCCGCUGCCUCUAAACCCGUCCCCAAAAGAAAGGUCCGUUUCCGAGAACCUGACGAAGGCCUCGACCACGAUGAGGUGGGCGGAGACUCCUGGCUCCUCCUCCUCUUGUUGUGCUUGGCUACCGUGGUGAUCAGUGUGGGCGGGACUGCGCUCUACUGCACUUUCGGAGACGCCCAAUCCAGUGUGUGCACAGACUUUUCCCAUAACAUGGACUUCUACAUCGGACGGGUGCAGAGGGGAAUGGACGAGCUCAAACACUGGCUGUCCCCGAGCUCAUAGCAGGACGACGAGUCAUUUUCUGCCUCCGUUUCUUCUUCUCGGUAGCCUCCGUGAUCUUCGAUGCUGAGAAAUCCUCAUAAAUAGGCCUUUGCUGGGUCACACUGACACAGGAGCCCGUCUGUAAGGUCCUAAAGGGGACGUCCGGCCCCUGGAAGACACCGGAAACCACUUUGGCCAGUUUUCGACUCAAGUAGCCCACUGUUUACUGCCAUCAACUGAACCUCAUACGAAGAGACUUCUUUUUUUUUAAAGUCUUAAAUCUCAAAUCUUAAUAUUUGGUUGUCUUAUAUUCGUUCAAAAAGUUGAAUGACCACCGUAGUACUGAAGAUAUAAUAAUGGACAUAUCCAUCUGUAGCCUGGACGUAGCAUUCUCCUGUGGUGGGCUUGGAUGGUCUUGUUUAUAAAAAUGUUUAUAGGGACAGGAAAGCAAUACAUGUAUAUUGAGGAAUUAUAGAUGCUGUAUAUAGAUACAGUCAAAUCACAGUAACUAUAGUUUUCCUUUAAUUAGUAUAGAAAAGCAAAGAGAGUUGUCUGGCAGAUUUGGCAAUAUUUUUAUCAUUAUUAACACAACAUUGAUAUUAAUUAUUUAAUUUAAAUGUAUUAUUAAUUAAUAAUUGAUAUAUCUUCUUUAAUUCAGUCUGAUACUUGAAACUAGCAGUGUCAAACAAA